AUUCCUUAGCCUCCUGGAAUUGAUUUUCUUGAUCGUUUCUCAAUCGCGUUCGCUAAUCGAGUCAGUUCUCAAUAGUGAAGCACGAGAUAGUCAGCAAAAGGGGGCCGCACUUUGUGGCGGAACGAUCAGAGCAGCCAUCAGAAAUUGAGCGACUCCUACGAGUCAACAUAGGUGCUGUUGCGCCCGCAAUUCCUGCGGCUGAGCGCCAUGGCUGCGGCUCGUGUUGCAGCCAGGCUUGUCUUUCCAAGGGCUACAGGAAAGACGACUCGCGGAGUCGCUCUGAUCCCUGGGCAAAGCAGGAAAAGACUUCACGUUGACAACGCGAUAGGAAUGCGAGAUUUCACAAAAUUGAUCGGGAAACAGGGGCUAGAGGUUCCCCGUAAUGGGGACGGGGAGCGACUGUGGAAUGUAGGGGUACGUGGUUUCGGGAGAGGUGCUCAGGAAGGAGGAACGGCGAGCCGAAAAUUGCGGCGUGAAUCCCGCCUGGUUGGCACUGGGACGACGGGUUGGCGCGGGAUGGAAGGCCACGUGUCAUCAUCGGACACGCUGAGGCAAGUCGUGCUAGCUGACGACGAAGGGGGAUGCGAGGCGUGGGGAUUGGAGAGCGGCGCUGAAGGCGGGGUCAAGGCACGCGCUGAAAGCGGCGAUACGAGGGGAGCUGACACGAGGGGAGCUGACACGAGGGGAGUUGACACGAGGGGAGCUGACUCGAGGGGAACUCACAGGAAGCAGAUUGGGAAGCGGGGUAGCGAGGAGGGGGGAGUUGAAGAGGGGGGGACUCGGCAGGAGGAGGGGCGGAAUGGAGGACACGGGGAAGAGGAGGUAACUGGAGGCGAUGGAGCGGACAGUAACGAGUCAUUCUAUAACGAGGACAUGUGCAAGUGGCCCGACAAGCUGCGCCUCUCGCCCGGGCUGUACCUGGUGGGUACUCCCAUCGGCAACCUGGAGGACGUAACCAUCAGGUCGCUGCGGGUGCUGCGCUGUGUAGACCUCAUUCUAGCGGAGGACACUCGGCGGUCCGUCAAGCUGCUGCGGUACUACGGCAUCACGACGCCCAUGAUGAGCUAUCACGCCUUCAACGCCACGGCUCGCCGAGAUGCUCUCAUUGGUCGCAUGCGAGCCGGCCAGUCGCUCGCGCUCGUGUCUGACGCUGGCAUGCCUGGCGUCAGUGACCCCGGCGCUGACCUGGUAGCCGCGUGCGCUGAGUCAGCAGUCCACGUCAGCGUCAUCCCCGGCCCUUCUGCUGCCACUACUGCUGUUGCUGCUGCUGGCUUCCUCACCAACGGCUUCACCUUCUUGGGUUUCCUUCCUGAGCGCUCUGCUGUGCGGCAACGGCGGUUGCAGGAGGCAGCGGAGGGGGAGACAAUGCAGGUGCUGUUCGUGGCGCCGCACAAGCUGCUCUCCUCGCUCUCCCACUGCAUCCACGCCUUUGGCCCAGACCGGCCAUGCCUCGUGGCUCGGGAACUCACCAAACUGCACGAAGAGGUUGUUGUGGCGGGGAACGCUCUUGGAAGCAUUAUCAGAGUUCACAGCUCGUGCGCCGAAAGGGGAGUUUACCCUGGUAAUUGACGGGCUGCCCCGCAGGGACCUGGAUGCAUCGCAGCAGGCAGGGGAGGAGGAGGUGACUGCGUACCUUGAGAGGCUCAUUCGCAACGGCACCCCGCCAUCCCAGGCAGCGAGAAUGGCAGCAGAGGCAUUGCGAGUGAAACGCAAGCAGGCCUACGCUCUCGCUCUAGCCAUUUCAGACCGAUCUCAACAAGCACAAGCACCAGGGGUAGAGGGAGAAGGCCAAGGCAGGGAGGUGGAGGAGAUUGACCAAUAGGAGA